AAUGUUAAUAUAUAUUGUAUAUCCUCUGAUUUGUCUUAAAUAUGAAAUACUUUAAAGUAUAUUAAUAUUACUGCCACUGCUAUAUCUCUUACAAGAAGUAAUUACUAGAACUAGAAUCAAAGUAAAUUUAAUUGAAUAGUGCUUAGCAUGUAUUAUACCCUCAUGUCUCAGAAUUUUCUAUUCAGUUUUAGACAUGUUCAUGACUGAAUGUAUGAUCUGACCAUAAUCUUCUUGUAUAGGUAGAAACAUAAUCAUUAGAGUGUAUUAUUUAUUCAACUGAUAUUUAUUGAAUGACUAUUAUAACCCAGACUUCUUUCAAAAAUAAUUUUUCCUAAUAAUUUCUAUUAGAGUGUAAGAUUAUUGAUAGGCUUUAAAAUAAUUUAUUCAACAUGAAUUAUAAUUUAUUAAGUGAAUUAAUUAAUUAAAUUAUAAUAUAUUUAAGGAGGGGGAAUUCCAUAUGUGCUAAGAUAAGUGGUACUCCAUUCUGUAUACUAAUUGUAACCAAUAAACUGGUGAAGUCUCAGUUAACUUACUGUCUCCAUAAAAAGCUCGCAUACUCCUUUGAUUCCAGCACUUACUGUGUUGGAAUCUGUUUUAUAAACAAGUCUGUUCUCUUCACCAUAUGUGAGUAGACAAGGCCUGAAGCACUGCUGCUCACAGAUUAAAAUAUUUUAAAUCUGGGCCUCUUGUUUCCCCCCGAAUCACCUAGUCAAGGUCAAUCUGGGACACAAAGGAUGAAUAUGGCAAGAUGCAAACUCAUUAUGAAAUAUAGGUUACCUCUUAGCUAAAUAAGCUUAAACUUAAAGCCUUUCCCUUAACAAAAUUCUAUGAUUUUUACUCACUUGAUUUUGUCUUGAUAUUAUCCUGAUAAUAGCAAAGAAGAAUAAUCCAGUCCUAUCACCCUCCAAGCUUGUUGCUUAUCUGUAAAACCUCCUUUCAUUUCCUCUCCAGUUCUAAGAAUUUAAUUCUAAUACUACUUGACUUCGUUCUAAAUUUAAUGUGACUUCAAACUGUAAAAGAACUUACAACAAAACAAGAUGCCUCUUCUUUCAACUGUAUUACUAUUUGCACACCAGCGCAGAAGGAUAGAACCUUUCCUUUGAAAAACAGUCUCCUGAGACAUGUGGUACAGGACACCCUAACAGUUUUGGAUCUUCAGAAAUUCCUCACAUACUUGGAAACAAAUAGAUAUAAUUCCUAUAAACCGUAAUUUUAUAAGAGCUUAUCUCCCCUAGUUAGAUUAUGCAAAAGGGAAAUGGAGUUCUUUGAAGUCCCAUGGAUUAGGCUGUGGGGAGACGGAGAUACAUUCUUGCUUUGUGCUCACAAUUAUUUUAGCUCAUGCAAUGUAAUAGAAUAAACUGAUAAAUCAUGCAAUUUAAUGGCAUAACAACUUUGUAAAAUUUCCAUAACUUCAAAAAUGGAUUACUUUUGGACACUUCCAAAAUAUACUUUGACUUGAGAAUAUUUUCUCAAUCAAGACGCAGGGUGGCGCUGCAGGCUAAGAUUGUGAGUAAGCCCUAAAAAGCUCGCGUACUCCUUUGUUCCAAGACAGAAUCAGAAUCACACGGAAGAAGCUUUCCCAGCGGUACUGGGUUACCAACGAGCUCGGGGAGAGAUAUACUGAACAAAUUUGUGAGGAUUCCACCAAGCAAGAAAUCAGAAUUGAAGAUCGUGAGUCUUUCUUGAUUGCUGAAGGGACUGGAUGUAAGCACCCGGGCUCCAACAUGGAGACGCCAGAGAGAAUUCAACCAGACAGGCAAGUGAGGGCCUUUAUUUUAAUGGUGUUCUUGUCUCAGGCUCGCCCCGAGCCUAUUCGUUAUUCUGUGCUGGAAGAAACAGAGAGCGGCUCCUUUGUGGCCCAUCUGAGCAAGGACCUGGGCCUGGGAAUUGGGGAACUGGCCGCCCGGUCGGCCCGGGUGGUGUCUGACGAUGACAAGCAGCGCCUGCUGCUGGAUCGUCAGACUGGAGAUUUGCUUUUGAAGGAGAAACUAGACCGGGAAGAGCUGUGUGGCCCUAUUGAACCGUGUGUAUUGCAUUUCCAAUUGUUGCUGGAAAUGCCAGUCCAAUUUUUUGAAGGAGAAUUAUCAGUCCAGGACGUAAAUGACAACUCCCCAGUAUUCCCGACUGGGGAGAUGCUCUUGAAAAUACUGGAAAACAGCCACCCAGGGACUAUUUUUCCGUUGAAAUUAGCUCAGGAUUUGGAUGUGGGCAGCAAUGGUCUUCAAAAAUACACUCUCAGCCCUGAUUCACAUUUUCACGUUCUUACUCGAAAUCAUAGUGACGGUAAGAAAUACCCAGAUUUGGUGCAGGACAAAGCGCUGGAUCGAGAGGAGCAGCCUGAGUUCAGCUUGAGCCUCACGGCGCUGGAUGGCGGGUCUCCCCCGAGGUCUGGCACCCUCGCCGUGAGAGUCCUGAUCAUGGACGUCAAUGACAAUGCUCCUGAGUUUGUGCACACCCCAUAUGAGGUGCAGGUCCUGGAAGACAGUCCCUUAGACUCCCCAAUCUUUACUGUCUUAGCUAGGGAUAUAGAUGCUGGAAACUUCGGGAGAGUUUCCUAUGGCUUGUUCCAAGCAUCAGACGAAAUUAAGGAAACGUUCACAAUAAAUGAAGUCACAGGAGAAAUCCGAUUGAAAAAGAAAUUGGAUUUUGAACAAAUUAAAUCUUACCAUGUGGAAAUUGAGGCUACAGAUGGUGGAGGCCUUUCUGGAAAAGGCACUGUAGUCAUACAGGUGGUAGAUGUGAACGACAACGCCCCUGAACUGACCCUAUCUUCACUCACCAGCUCCAUCCCAGAAAAUGCUCCCGAGACCGUGGUCUCCAUCUUCCGAAUUCGAGACAGAGACUCUGGGGACAAUGGAAGGAUGGUUUGCUCUGUUCCAGAUGAUCUACCAUUCAUUCUAAAACCUACUUUCAAGAAUUUCUACACCCUGGUAACAGAGAGCCCACUGGACAGAGAGAUGAGAGCCGAGUACAACGUCACCAUCACCGUCACCGACAUGGGGACCCCCAGGCUGACAACCCAGCACCACAUAACCGUGCUGGUCUCCGACGUCAACGACAACGCCCCCGCCUUCACCCAAACCUCCUACACCCUCUUCGUCCCCGAGAACAACAGCCCCGCCCUGCACAUCGGCAGCGUCAGCGCCACCGACGCCGACGCGGGCGCCAACGCCCAGCUCACCUACUCGCUGCUGCCGCCCCCGGACCCCGGCCUGCCGCUGGCCUCGCUGGUGUCGGUCAACGCCGACAACGGCCACCUGUUCGCCCUGCGGGCGCUGGACUACGAGGCCCUGCAGGCCUUCGAGUUCCGCGUGCGCGCCACCGACCGCGGGGCGCCGGCGCUGAGCGGCCAGGCGCUGGUGCGCGUGCGCGUGCUGGACGCCAACGACAACGCGCCCUUCGUGCUGUACCCGCCGCAGAACGGCUCUGCGCCCUGCACCGAGCUGGUGCCCAGGGCGGCCGAGCCCGGCUACCUGGUGGGCAAGGUGGUGGCGGUGGACGGCGACUCGGGCCAGAACGCCUGGCUGUCCUACCAGCUGCUCAGGGCCACGGAGCCCGGGCUGUUCGGCGUGUGGGCGCACAACGGCGAGGUGCGCACGGCGCGGCCGCUGAGCGAGCGCGACGCGCCCCGCCACCGGCUGCUGGUGCUGGUCAAGGACAACGGCGAGCCGCCGCUGUCGGCCAGCGUCACGCUGCACGUGCUGCUGGUGGACGGCUUCUCGCAGCCCUACCUGCCCGCGCGCGACGCGGCGGCCGACGCGGCCCCGGCCGACCCGCUCACCGUCUACCUGGUGGUCGCGCUGGCGGCGGUGUCGUCGCUCUUCCUGUUCUCGCUGCUGGCGCUCGUGGCGGUGCGGCUGUGCCGGCGGAGCGGGGCCGCCUGGGCGGGGGGCUGCGCGGCGCCCGAGGGCCGCUUUCCGGGCCCCCUGGUGGACGUCAGCGGCGCGGGGACCCUGUCCCAGAGCUACCAGUACGAGGUGUGUCUGACGGGAGACCCUGGGACUGGUGAGUUCAAAUUCCUGAAGCCAAUAUUCCCUAACCUCUUGGUUCAGGAUACUGAGAAAGAAAUGAAAGAAAAUGCCAAUUGCAGGAAUAGCUUUGUAUUUAGUUAAGUAUUGAUUAACUGAACUUCUCCUUAAUUUUGGCAAACCUAACUGCCAUUGCAAUGCAUUUCUUUAAGAAGUUGUAUUGUUCUAUAAGUAUGUAUUCCAAACCAAUGCAUGCCCCUGAUCAUGCGAAGUUUCUUCCUUUUGUGAAUAUUUAUUGGAUUUUGCCUUUCUAGUUACACUAAACAUUGAGUAUGUAUUUUCUUUCUAUUUGACAUUCUUUCAGAGACUAAUCUUUCCAUAACUAUAAAUUACUCAAGUAAUGUAAGAAGUUUCGUUUAAGUCAACUUCUUAAUUAAUGUAUUUUUAAUGAAACAUUUUAAAGCUUUUAUGUAAUCUUGCAUUUCUAUAUAUUUGCGGUCGUUGUCUUUACCAUAUACCUUUAUCUUUGUGAGACCGGAGUGUUUUAAAUUUUUUAUAGCUAUUUAGGCCUUUCUUGUUGACUGCUCUACCAGGCUAUGUCCCCUGAAUUACUAUGAGCAUACAACUUUGCAUACUUGCUUCUCCCAAACUGUACAUAAACAUGCACUUCAUUAAAAUAUUAACCCUUUGUGGUCAUUUGUCUA